CUGGAAUCGACCAUACGGGCCACUAUUUAGCAGAGCUCCCAGCCACUAGCGCAUCACCGUCCGCACCUGCCUGCUUCGUUGUUUCUGAAGGAGCGCAGAAGCAGGGUCAUUAUUUCGCAGCGACCGUGGGAGGAGGAGAGGCAUUUCCGACACACCGACAGAAGCGCGUAGCCUCGGAUUCAGCACCACAAGAUUAAGGAGAGCGUCCGGGACUGAGCCGAUUGUUACUCUCCGGGGAGGUUAACGGAACAGGAGGACGCUGCUUUUUCUUUUGGAGUGCACUGAGUGAAACCAUUUGCUUCUGCUGCUGCAGUUUCUACACCUGCGAGAGGACUUGAACGGCUGAGAGACCAUGACGACUGCCACUUCACCUAUUCUAUUGAAAUGGGACCCAAAGAGUCUUGAAAUCCGUACCUUGACUGUGGAGAGGCUUCUGGAGCCCUUGGUCACACAGGUGACUACACUGGUGAACACCAGCAACAAGGGUCCCUCCAGCAAGAAGAAGGGGCGGUCUAAGAAGGCUCACGUGCUGGCAGUGUCUGUGGAGCAGGCCACCCAAAACUUUCUUGAAAAGGGCGAGCAGAUUGCCAAAGACAGCCAGGACCUAAAGGAGGAGCUCAUUGCUGCAGUGGAGGAUGUUCGUAAACAAGGAGAAACGAUGCGUAUAGCCUCAUCCGAGUUUGCUGAUGACCCUUGCUCCUCUGUGAAACGUGGCACCAUGGUGAGGGCUGCUCGCGCCUUGCUAUCUGCUGUCACCCGCCUGCUCAUCCUCGCUGAUAUGGCUGACGUCAUGAGGCUGCUGGCCCACCUUAAGAUUGUUGAGGAGGCGCUGGAGGGAGUAAAGAAUGCUACCAACGAGCAGGACCUAGCAAACCGCUUCAAAGAGUUUGGAAAAGAGAUGGUGAAGCUUAACUAUGUGGCGGCUCGGAGACAGCAGGAGCUGAAAGACCCUCAGUGUCGGGAUGAGAUGGCAGCCGCUCGUGGAGCUCUUAAGAAAAAUGCCACUAUGCUGUACACAGCCUCUCAGGCCUUCCUGCGCCACCCAGACGUGGCAGCCACACGUGCCAACCGGGACUACGUGUUUAAGCAGGUCCAGGAGGCCAUAGGAGGCAUUUCCAGCUCUGCACAGGCCACCUCACCCACUGAUGAGAAGCAUGGUCAUGCUGGAAUCGGAGAACUGGCGGCUGCCCUCAAUGAGUUUGAUAACAAGAUCAUUCUGGACCCUCUGACAUUCAGUGAGGCUCGUUUCAGGCCCUCUUUGGAGGAGCGCCUGGAGAGCAUCAUCAGUGGGGCUGCGCUGAUGGCUGACUCGUCAUGCACACGUGAUGAUCGCCGUGAACGUAUUGUGGCUGAAUGCAAUGCUGUCCGUCAAGCCCUGCAAGAUCUGUUGAGCGAGUACAUGAAUAAUACUGGGAGGAAAGAAAAGGGGGACCCACUUAACUCAGCCAUUGACAAAAUGACCAAAAAGACCAGGGACCUACGUCGACAGCUAAGGAAGGCAGUGAUGGACCACAUCUCAGAUUCUUUCCUGGAGACCAACGUUCCUCUUCUGGUGCUCAUCGAAGCGGCUAAGAGUGGAAAUGAGAAGGAGGUCAAGGAGUAUGCCCAGGUGUUCCGUGAACAUGCCAACAAGUUGGUGGAGGUCAGUUAUAGAUGAAACUAUUUGACAUAA